GGCGCAACUUCUUGACCUCCCACUUGUGCUGUGACGUGACUAGCAGCGGCUAGUAAUAAAUGAAACGCGCAAUUUGAAGCGUCCAGUUGUUCCGCUGCUUCAGCAGACGCGCGUUAUCUCUGUCACAUGCGGUGGAGCGCGUUCAGACAGGACGGGAGUGCUUCCUUUGAUCGCGCUGGACAGAAGCGGCAAACCACUGGAAUACAUUAUCAGCGAUUCAACUUAACAAAAUGAGCGGCGGUAAAAGGGUGGAGGAUGAGGCCGUGCUGGACAGAGGGGCCUCGUUACUCAAACACUUAUGUGACCAGGAAGAAGUUGAAGGUCACCACACCAUAUACAUCGGCGUGCAUGUGCCUAAGAGCUACCGACGACGGAGACGUCAUCGUCGACGCACCAGUCACAAGGACAGAAAGGAGAAAGUGACUGAGAACGCUUCGGACAGGUCGGAUGCAGAGAACAAUGAGGAGGCCAGCAACAGCAUCCUCAAACCACUCAUCUCACCUGCUGCCGAGCGCAUCCGAUUCAUCCUGGGAGAGGACGAUGACAGUCCAGCACCCCCUCAGCUCUUCACAGAGCUGGACGAGCUACUAUCUGUCGAUGGCCAGGAGAUGGAGUGGAAGGAAACUGCCAGGUGGAUCAAGUUUGAAGAGAAGGUGGAAAAAGGUGGGGAGCGGUGGAGUAAACCACAUGUGGCCACUCUGUCCCUUCAUAGUCUCUUUGAGCUUAGGACGUGUAUAGAGAAGGGCACCAUCAUGCUGGACCUAGAGGCCAACACACUGCCAGGGGUCAUUGAAAUGAUCACUGACAGUCAGAUUGAGAGCGGUCUCCUGAAAGCUGACCUGAAAGAUAAGGUCAUGUACACCUUGCUGAGGAAGCAUCGCCACCAGACCAAGAAGUCCAAUCUUCGCUCCUUAGCUGACAUUGGCAAGACGGUCUCCAGCGCAAGUAGGCUGUUUUCCACCCCGGAUAAUGGUAGCCCAACCACCACACAUCGCAACUUGACAUCAAGCAGCCUGAACGAUAUCUCAGACAAGCCAGAGAAAGAUCAGCUAAAGAACAAGUUCAUGAAGAAGCUGCCCAGAGAUGCUGAAGCUUCCAAUGUUCUGGUUGGAGAAGUGGACUUCCUGGACAGUCCUUUUGUGGCCUUUGUGAGGCUGCAGCAGGCUGUCAUGUUGGGGGCGCUGACUGAAGUGCCUGUGCCAACCAGAUUUCUGUUCAUUCUUCUUGGACCCAAAGGCAAAGCUAAGUCAUACCAUGAAAUUGGUAGAGCAAUUGCUACUCUGAUGUCCGAUGAGGUCUUCCAUGAAAUUGCGUACAAAGCCAAGGACAGACAAGAUCUCCUCGCUGGCAUUGACGAGUUCUUGGAUGAGGUCAUUGUCCUCCCUCCUGGAGAAUGGGACCCUGCCAUCAGGAUAGAGCCUCCAAAAUCCCUGCCAUCCUCAGAUAAAAGAAAGAACAUGUAUGCUGGAGGGGACAGCACUCAGAUGAAUGGGGACACGCCUCACAGUGGUGGACAUGGGGGCGGGGGGCACGCAGUAGGCGAUGAGCUGAAGAGGACGGGGAAGUUUUGUGGAGGCCUUAUUCUUGAUAUCAAAAGAAAAGCCCCGUUUUUCUUCAGCGAUUUCUACGAUGCACUACACAUCCAGUCUUUGUCUGCCAUUCUUUUCAUCUACCUGGGAACAGUAACCAAUGCCAUCACGUUCGGAGGAUUGCUGGGCGACGCCACAGAGAACAUGCAGGGUGUGCUGGAGAGCUUUCUGGGUACAGCGGUGACUGGAGCCGUCUUCUGUCUCCUGGCUGGGCAACCUCUGACCAUCCUCAGCAGUACGGGGCCAGUGCUGGUGUUUGAAAGGCUGCUCUUUAACUUCAGCAGAGAUAACGGCUUUGACUACUUAGAGUUCCGUCUUUGGAUCGGCCUGUGGUCGGCCUUCUUCUGUUUAAUCCUGGUGGCCACUGACGCCAGUUUCCUGGUGCAGUAUUUCACCCGAUUUACAGAGGAGGGCUUCUCCUCGCUCAUCAGCUUCAUCUUCAUCUAUGACUCCUUCAAGAAGAUGCUGAAGUUGGCCCAUUAUUACCCGAUCAACUCAGACUAUAAAAUCGAUUACGUCACGCAGUAUGACUGCAUGUGUAUGGCGCCCACUAUUGUCAAUUCUUCAGAUGUGUACACUGAUCCAGAUGAUUCAACUUUUAUCUGGACUGUAAAUUACAGCGAUACACGCCUGAAUGCCAGCUGGUCCUCACUGUCAAAGAAGGAAUGCUUGAAAUAUGGAGGGGAACUAGUGGGCAAAGCCUGCAACUUUGUGCCCGACAUCACCCUCAUGUCCUUCAUCCUUUUCUUUGGCACUUACACUACAUCCAUGUGUCUGAAGAAAUUCAAGACUAGCCCAUUCUUUCCUACUACUGUGAGGAAGCUCAUAAGUGACUUUGCCAUUAUCCUGGCCAUUUUGAUCUUCUGUGGUGUCGACGCUCUGGUUGGGGUAGAUACGCCAAAGCUCAUAGUGCCAACUGAAUUUAAGCCAACAAGCCCAAACCGUGGCUGGUUUGUGCCACCGUUUGGAGGGAACCCCUGGUGGGUGUAUCUGGCAGCAGCUCUGCCUGCCCUGCUGGUCACCAUCCUGCUCUUCAUGGAUCAGCAGAUCACCGCUGUCAUCGUCAAUCGCAAGGAGCACAAGCUUAAGAAAGGCGCAGGCUAUCAUCUGGAUCUCUUCUGGGUAGCUGUGCUGUUAGCAUUGUGCUCUUUCAUGGGUCUGCCCUGGUAUGUAGCUGCUACAGUGAUUUCCAUCGCCCACAUUGACAGCUUGAAGAUGGAGACCGAGACAUCCGCUCCUGGUGAACAGCCUAAAUUUUUGGGUGUCAGGGAACAGAGAGUCACUGGUGUCUUUGUCUUCAUCCUCACCGGUCUGUCUGUCUUCAUGUCUCCUAUCCUCAAGUUCAUACCCAUGCCAGUGUUGUAUGGAGUCUUCCUCUACAUGGGUGUGGCUUCACUCAAUGGAGUUCAGUUUAUGGACCGGCUCAAGCUGCUCCUCAUGCCUGCCAAACACCAACCAGACCUGAUCUACUUGAGGCAUGUGCCACUGAGGAAGGUCCAUCUCUUCACUUUCGUCCAGCUGCUUUGCCUGGCACUCCUCUGGAUCCUUAAGUCCACUGUGGCUGCCAUUAUCUUUCCUGUUAUGAUUUUGGCUCUGGUUGCUGUGAGGAAGGCGUUGGACUAUGUUUUCUCCCAGCAUGACCUCAGUUUCCUGGAUGAUGUCAUACCCGAGAAGGACAAGAAAAAGAAGGAAGAUGAGAAGAAAAAGAAAAAGAAGAAACAAGGGAGCAUAGACAGUGACAUGGAAGAUUCUGACUAUCCUUACAAUGAGAAUGUGCCCAGCAUUAAAAUCCCAAUGGACAUGAUGGAGCAGGAGCCUUUUUUAGGAGAUAAGGCCUCUGACAGAGAAAAGUCCCCUUCAUUCCUUGACCGAUAUACAUCGUGCUGAAAAGCGGCACUACUUUCAGACCAGCCCGAUGUCAAGUUCAGAGAGACUGCCAUUAAAUGUGCCUCAGAUCAAAAUAGAUAUGGACCCAGAUGACAACAAUGGCUACUACUGGAACAGUCGAGGGUCUGAGACGUCCAUAUAACUCCUCCAGCCAAUCUGCUACAUAGGUUUUUAUGAUCUCUUCGUGUUUGCAGAAAGCCAUUUGCCAAGGGAUAUUUUAUAAAGACUGUUCCCCAUCACAGAUCAUUUCUGUGAAGACUAAAAAAUGGCUCGUCUUCCAUUCACUUAAUCACUAUGGUUUGCAAGUUGUAAUCCCUAAACUACUAUGCAAUUCAGUUCAUUGUUUGACUCAUGUGCUGAGCUGUAGAAAAAUGCUGUAGCUGUUUUUACACAAUUUCACAUCUACUCCCUCCUACCAAAUUCACAUAACAUGACACUUUUCAUUUUCCUUUCAUUUUUGCUGCUCUACCUGUUUUACAUGGUAGGCGUUAUGUAAAAAAGUUUAACUUUUUCAUUUUUUAUUUGCACAACAUGAGAUCUUAAUGUUGAUUUUCUUUUUUUAAAUGUACAUCUUGAGCAAACUUUUCAAGAAAUGACUUCUAUUAUGAUGAGAAAGAACAACUGUGACAAUAUAUUGUAAUAUUUAACUGUUGAUUAAUUUUUUAACGAUGGUUAAUGUUAUUGAUUGGCAUUGAACCUGCUAUUUUUCAUAUUGUUUCAUAUAAUAUAUGGUAUUAAAUCUAAUUUGUUUCCUUUAACAAUAUUUAUGUCUAAUUAUCCAGACACGCUUGAUUGAUUAAGAAAGCCUAAUUAUUCACUUAGCGUUUCAAGUCUUGCUUCGUCACCUGGUUCUGGAAAGCCUAAAAAGUCUACAUGUGUACAACCUACAUGUACUCCAGAGUCUGUUGUCCUGCAAAUGAAUUUACCUAAGUGGCUUAAACCUGAUUUGCAAUAAUUCACAAAAUUCAUUUAGUUUUAAGAUUGUCUUAUGUAAUCAGAUCACUUUUUUUUUUUUUUGUUUGUGCUUUAUUUACGUGAUGUCCAGUCACUGAAUGUCAUAUUGCAAGUUGUGUCAUGUAAAAAUAAGUCGAAAAAUGUCAAUGUGGUACAUCCAUUUGAGUGAAGACGACAUUAGUGCUGUGUCAUACAGCGCAUAUCGUAAACAUGUUCAAUAUCCUCUGUUGAUUCCUGCUAAUUUGUCAUUUUCCUUUCUUUCAAAAAACAAACAAAAAAAUCAAUAGAUUUAUACACGUAGUAUAUUGUACUUUUCAAAAUCAACUUCUUUUAACCUUGUAAGUAUAAGAUUUUUAACUUAUAUUUUUGGGGGUACCUAAAGAUGAAAUAUAUUGUGAAAGCAUGUCUGGGGAAAUUCUUGAACGUUUAAACAGUGCUAAAUAUUAAUUGUAGAGUGUGUAACAAUGAUACAUUUUUAAUCAGGUUUUGUGACUUUUUAGAACAAAACAGCUGAAAUUAUUUUAGAAUUUAUAUUUUUCAAAGGAAAUGAAUAUUAAAAAUGAAGAGAAUUUAUUAAA